AUGUUUGCAGCAGCCACUAAAAACUUUGUGAAGCAGGUAGGAGACACGGGGAGGUUGAUCCCGGUCCCCAGCCUGAGCGAGGCGGACAGGUACCAGCCCCUCAGUUUGGUCACCAGGAAGAGGAAGAGACAUUUCUGGAAGAAGUACAAGUACGCCUCGACCCCCUUCUCCCUCAAAGACAUCCUGGUGGGGGAGAAAGAGAUCACAGCAGGAGUGUCUUCUUAUCAGCUCCUAAACUACGAGGACAAAUCAGACGUCGCCUUAAAUGGUCGACUAGGAAACCACCUCAUCAAUGAUGUGGGGUUCAACAUCAGCGGGUCGGACUCUGUGGCGGUCAAAGCCUCGUUCGGUAUCGUGACCAAACACGAGCUGGAGGUUCCCACGUUACUGCGAGAGCUCAACUCCAGGAAAGUGGACCUGGAUCACUGCCUGGUUCGUCAGUCCAAAGAAAGUGGACGCAGCGUUCUUUGUGUUGUUGUUGAGAGCAUCAGAACAACCCGCCAGUGCUCUCUGACCGUCCACGCCGGGAUGAGAGGGACUACAAUGAGGUUUCAGAUCGACGACGGCAGAAAUCCCAAAGGUCGAGACAAAGCAAUCGUCAUCCCCGCUCACACCACCAUUGCCUUCAGCAUCUGUCAGCUGUUUGUUCGACUGGACGGACGUCUUGAUAUUUGUGUAGCUCCAGGUUCUCAAGGGGGAUUUGAGCGGGAGCAGAUCAGGGAGCAGCUCGGCGGUUUCAUCGGUCACUUCUCGAUGGGUCGACUUCGCCGCUUUCUGUCUGGAAUCGUCUACGGAAACCCCUUCAGAGCAGAGAACCGAACCUUCGAGGAGCUCACCCACUCGGACACCUACAUGGACGACAUGGUUACAGACUACUACGAGAAAGCCGCCAGCAUGACGGACGUUUCCACCGCCUACCUCAGAGAGAGCUCCCACACCAGGGUCAACCUCCUCAAACACAACAUCCCCAAGGGGCCGUGUGCACUCUGCGGCAUGGGCAACCAGAGGCGGGAGACCGUGUACGGCUGUCUGGAGUGCAACACCGGGGGGCAGAAAUACGUCCGGCUGCAUGUGGUGCCUUGUUUGACCUCUGGCACAAAACGCUGAGGUGAAAAAUAAGUCUUACUAUAAGAGCAGUAACUAUUUUGUUUUUUUCCCCCCAGUGCAAGUGUUUACAGAAUAUGAGUCAUGAAAACUGGACAUCUCUGCAAACCCGAAACACCUGAUAUCAUGACUUUAACAGCCAACAAUUCAAAUAAAUGAUGCAAACGUUGACUUUGUGUUAUCUCUCAUAUCACAGUAUAGUUUUCUGUUUACCUUUGGCGCCGCCCUAUUUCUACACAUGUCCUGUGUAGGUACUAUAGCUUGCCAGAUGCUAAAUAAUUCAGCGGGGGUAUUGGGUGAAAAUGGACUGUUCGGAUCAUAUGAAGGCCAGUGACAACCGGGUUGUGUUAUGUUCCAAGUGUGUCAUUUUAUUUUAAGCAGAAAUUGUGCUUCAAUUAUGUCGAUUGCGAGUUUAAACUUUAUAUCAGGUGUUCUAACAGAGGAUUAGUAACUUGUGACGAUCCAAAACUUUAAAGUCUACUCUUGUAAAAUGUGAACAUCCUCGACCUAAAUGUAGUUUUGAUAUACAAUUUUUAAGGCGUCAUGGGACUUUAGUAUGUGGAUAUUACAGGAGAUUUUUUCUGUAUUUGA